AUCGACGGUAACUUAAAGUCUUAAACCCUAACCCUGGUCACUGACGAACCAUCACCGGAGUAGCCUCUCCUCCAGCAUCUACGCCAUUGCAAUCGACCAUGCCGAAUGCCGAAGGAGGUCCACCGGAGGUAACCCUGGAAACAUCAAUGGGUUCUUUCACCGUUGAGAUGUACGAUAAGCACUCCCCCAAAACUUGCAAAAACUUCAUUGAACUAUCUCGAAGGGGUUACUACAACAACGUUAAAUUCCACAGAAUCAUCAAGGAUUUCAUAAUUCAAGGAGGUGAUCCCACCGGCACAGGAAGGGGUGGAGAAUCCAUUUAUGGCUCAAAGUUUGAAGAUGAGAUCACUCCAAAGCUGAAGCAUACUGGAGCUGGUAUCAUAUCCAUGGCUAAUGCUGGUCCAAAUACAAAUGGGAGUCAGUUCUUCAUCACCUUAGCACCAGCUCAAUCACUUGAUGGAAAACACACGAUAUUUGGAAGAGUAUGUAGAGGAAUGGAGAUUGUGAAGAGACUUGGUAGUGUUCAGACUGAUAAUACUGAUAGGCCUGUUCAUGAUGUGAAAAUACUACGAACAAGUGUUAAAGAUUGAUGGUUUUUGGCACCAUAGAUUUCUCAAAGCAAGGUGUUGCUAUUAUCCAUAAUCCCAUAUCAAUGUAAUCGAAUUAUAUAGGGCUUCAUAUGUAUGCAAUUUAACAUGAAAACAUUAGUAUCUUGUAAUUUGAGAUUGUAACAAAAUUAUGAUUUACUCCUCCUUGUUCUAAUUUGGUCAAGUUAUUGACUUCUUGUGAUUUGCAUAUAAAGAUAGUGUUUUUUCAUAUGGUCAAAAAAGGUUGCCAAAUGGUUAGGUUAAACCACAAUCACAACA